GUGAACAUAGAAGAAACAAAAAUAGGAAGCUGCCCUAAGGUUCAGAGGUCCAAAGCCUUAGCCAUGACAGAGGAAGGUCGCCAAAUACAGGGCAACUGGGUGCUUACUUGGGUAAACCCCCAGAAGCCCAUCAACAGGCUGGAUGAACCCGAAAACACCUCUGAGUCGGAGGAGGAGGCAGAGAGCUUGGUGGAGUCCGAGUACCAGGAAGGAGAUCAUAGGCAGAGGGUCAUUGACCAAGUGUUUUCCAUGUGGGACCAGAAUUACAACACACCCCAGAUUCACAGCAGACACCACAGUCAUCGCAGUCAUCACAGGCAUGGCAGACACCACAGCCAUGGCAGACACCAUAGUCAUGGCAGACACCAUCAUGGCAGACACCAUAGUCAUGGCAGACAUCAUAGUCAUGGCGGACACCACAGUCAUGGCAGACACCAUAGUCACAAGAGACACCAGAAGCACUCUCUGUUGAUGCUGUAUGAAAGGGCAAAGAAGAGGAGGGAAGAAGACAGCGAAGAUGAAGAGAGGCCUGUGACUGAGCUUCAGGAGCCACCUUCUGAGGUCACAGUGGAGGAGGCCAGGCUCCCCGGAGCCCUGCCCUGCAGAAAUCCAGGAACUGUGGAGAAGACAACCUCAGGAGGAAGACUGAGUACAAGAGCAAUCCAGGAAGUAAGAAGAGCAGUCGGGUGGAUGUGACCCAGACCAACUCUAAACA